UGGAAUUCGAACAUGGCCUCCAACAUGAACAGAGAAAGGUUGAAAAUCGCCAUCAAGUGGGGCGUUUCCACAUUCUUUUUGAUCUGCGCAUUCGGGCCAAUCCCUUUCAUAUCGUGGUUAUACACUCAAGCCUAUCGAGACCUCCACAAAAUUGAAACGGUUAUCCAUAGUGUUGCUGCGAAACUACGAGCAGAGGGUAAAACUUACGACCCUACCAAUUUCCAUUCUUUUAAAUUGCUGAGUCUGCUACUGCCAGCAAGUGAUCUUGCGCCUCUCAAUGAUCGAUUGAAGAGCGCCCUCACCACCUCAACUGUGAUCUACUGCAUGAUCAUCACUUGUCUGAUUUCUAUCUACAUACCACUUCUGACAAUUUCACUAAGAGCUCUAUACAAACAAUCAGUAUCUCAAGCCAAGAUCGACGCGGCAAUGGGGUCCUCUGGGGGAUCCAAACCAUCUCGGAUCAGUAGAAAACUCCAUCGCGAGCGCCAGAGGUUGGUAUUUCACGCGCUAUGCGUUUUUGUAAGCACGGCAGUCCACCUCCCACCGACAGCUUGGAAGGUUUUCCACAGUAAAGGCGACUUCUUGCACAAUGUCGCGUACAAAGAAGUAACUCAUCAAGGUUUGAUGGCUCCACUGGCGUUCACUGGAAAUUUUAUACUUCUGCUCCUGAAUUUCCACUCCCAUCAAAUUCGUUCCGACAGGAAGAAUAGAAUGCAAAAAGCAACGUUCGGUUCAGGAAGUCAAGAGGAGGGAGGCCUUCCGCCGGCCAGAAGGACCGGCAUUAGGACCUUAUUCCUCAGUCAAACUGAUGAUGCAGAAAUUUCACUUCAGAAUGUGACCGAAAAAACAGAAGAGGAUGGUCAAUCAGAAGAAAAAUACCAUCCAAACUACUCAGCGUCACCUCCUGGUUAUACGAGUACUUCACUAGCUGGAAUAAAAAUAAAACAAUCUACAUUCUCAACAACCACUUGAUUCUUUCUACACCCGUAAUUUUCUUAAAAGACAAAUUUUAGACGUGAGAGAUGUCAAAGAAUGGUUAUAGUAUGUGUUGCCCUUUUUUUUUAAAAAAAAGUGCAGUUUUCAAUUUUUAACUGUCCAAGAAAAAGGAAUGUAGUUACUAUGGCUUGAAAAACAAAGCUUAUGUUGAUGUGUUGUUUCAUUGUUCUGUAAUUUAAUUUGAGUGAUCUUUCUGUGACUCC